CAUUUCCAUCGAAUUUAUCAAAGCUAAACGGUUUUCUCUAGACUCUUCCUUUGCUCUCGGUGAUUUAUUUUUCAAUUGAAUCUGUUAUUGUUACUGUGAGCCGUCAUGGCCACUGCUGAACCUGAAGUUCCAGUUACUGAGCAGCCGCAACCGCCAGCUGAGGAGCUAAAGCCGGCGGACAAGCCUGUGAAAGAGAAAAAACCCAGAGUUCCAAAGGAGAAAAAACCCAAAGUUCCAAAGGAGAAAAAGCCUAAACAACCAAAACCCGCUGCACAUCCGCCUUAUUUCCAGAUGAUUAAGGAGGCACUUCUGGCUCUGAACGAGAAGAGUGGUUCGAGUCCAUACGCCAUAGCCAAGUACAUGGAAGAGAAGCACAAGGCGGUGCUUCCUGCGAAUUUCAGGAAAAUUUUAGCUCUUCAGCUUAAAAACUCAGCUGCCAGAGGCAAACUGAUAAAGAUCAAAGCUUCUUACAAGCUAUCCGAGGUUUAUGAAAAAGGGAAAGCCACUGCUACAAAGGCUAAAACAGAGAAGAAAUCUAAACCAGCUGCAAAGCCGAAGAAAGCCGAGGCAACAAAGAAGUCUGCAAAGAAAGUUGGAGCUAAGAAGAAAUCAACUCCUGCAAAACCCAAGCAGCCUAAAUCUAUCAAGUCACCUGCUGCUAAAAAAGCCAAAAAGGCCACUGCUUAAAAUAAAGUGUAGAAAAAUUUUCAAUUUUAUGUAAUCAGGAAGUCUUUGUGAAUAUAUGGUUGUAGUUUGGUAGGAUGAGGCGGAUAUGCGUUUUCACUGUUUUGUAUCUGCAAUGGAAAACCGACUUUUGUAGGUAUUUAACUCCUUGAAUUUGCCUUAAGAAUUGGGAAAUCUCCAUUUCUUUCGCCUGUUAGUCAAGCUUAUGAUGAUGAAAAGGCAAUGGGAAUGGGAACAGGGGAACAGGAUCCCAAAAUUCCUAAUGCGAUGGGGAUCGUGUCUGAUGAUUUCGAAACAAAGAGAUGGGGCUCACAUGGUGGAUUGUUAGUGGGCAUGGAUUCUGUUUGGUUGGGUCCUUUAUUCUGAUUAUCUUUAUCAGUGGUCUAGGUUCGGGCCUUUGUGGUCCGUUUCUCGACCGGGAAUAACAAAGAUUGUCUUUUUCAA